AUGAAAUUAAUAUUUUAGUUUUUCUUGAAUUGGCAUUUAUAGGAUAUAAUUUCAUAAGGAUAUCAUAACUAUUAUUAUCCUGAUAAAAAUGCUAUAAACUAUUUUGAGAAUAAUUUGUUUAAGGUCAAACUUAUGAAUCUUGCAAAUAAAUAGCUUCAAAAUUAAAUUGUAUGUGAUAUGUAGAUAUGCAAAAAUUGA